UUCAGUUUAAUUUUAUUUAUUGUAUUAUCUGUUAAUUACAAUUUGAAAAAUAGCUUGUAUUAUAGAAACUGUUAAAUGUCAUUUUUCAAGACUCGCGUUAUAUUGUCAACAUUGUCAUUUUUUCGCCAUUAUAACGCGUGGAUCGCGAGCAUACAACUUUUCAAAAUUGAAUGAAGAUUAUUAUUGACGAAGCAAGUUUUCACGCACGCGUAUCAGAUUCUCUUCAGCGUCUGUAUAUUUUAACGUUGCUAAGACUACCAGGUAACUGACUACCUGCAACAAAUAGCAGGUAUACUAACAGGUACAUAAUAUAUAUGUAUAUUGUACCCGGAUAGUUAUACCGUUUAAAACAGUGUAAACUGUUCUUAGUCUCGUAUAUAUUCUUAGUUCGCGUUUUCUUCCUGAUGUAAGAAUAAAUGAAAGUAACUGAAACGUCGGAAUCUACAGGUAGAAUGGAAGAAAUUCAUUAGUCCUCGUACGAAGCAAGUCAAUAAUUCAUAUAAUCGAAAUGGUAUUAUGAACGUAUUAUUCUUCAAAACUACAAUAAUUCAUGAAUAUUUGAUUAUUAUUUAAGGAUUGAUCAUUGAAUAUCAAUACUGUGGACCAAUGUGCCUUACUUAUAUAAAAACUCUCUGAAAUCUAUCGUAAUUAUAUAUGAUAGAUUUAUACCGUUUUCACGUAGAAUGUGUUAUAAGAGGAAGCUGACUGAUAACUCCAUGAAAAAUAGGAUUCAUAUUUUGGUGACAUUCUUACUUUUAGCAGUUAAUCUUUCGCAAGGAUUAAAUUGCAGCACAGAUCCCUGUAUGUACGGAAUUUGUUUAGAAGAUAUAAACAGCACCUAUUCGUGUUAUUGUAUCGACGGUUAUACCGGAAUCAAUUGUGAAAUCAAUUGGGACGAUUGUUGGUCUAAUCCUUGUCUAAAUGGAGGAACGUGCAACGAUGCUGUUGCAGCCUAUAAUUGCACCUGUGCAGAGGGUUUUGUAGGUAUAGACUGUGAACAAACAUAUAGCGAAUGUUCAAACCACCCUUGCUUGAAUAAUGGAACUUGUCUGGAUUAUGACGGUAUUACCUGCCAAUGUCCCGAUGGAUACUCAGGUGAUUACUGUGAAAUCGAUGCUUCAGUUUGUAACGACACGAUAUGUAAAAAUGGAGGUGAAUGUAUGGAGGGACCUGGAUUUUCUUUCUUUUGCCGCUGUCCUGAAGGAUGGACAGGUAGAUUAUGCGACGAAGACGUUGACGAAUGUGUUACAUCACCGUGCAAGAAUGGUGGUCUUUGUAUUAAUAUACCUUCCUCAUAUACUUGUGCUUGUUUAUUCGGAUAUACAGGCAAAGAUUGCGAUAAAGCCAUUGUACCCUGCAAAGAGAAUCCUUGUAGAAACGAUGCGGUAUGCUUAUUUGAAGACGAACGACCAAUUUGCUACUGUGUACCAGACUAUCAUGGUAUAUUAUGCGAGUUAAAAUACGACGACUGCGAAUCAAAAUUCGCUAAUUGUGAAAACGGUGGUACUUGCAUCGAUGGUGUUAAUAGUUUCACCUGUGCUUGUCCAACAUUUUAUAGCGGACCAUUUUGUAACGUAUACAAUCUUCCUACGACUUCUUUCUCAACUUUCGGCGAAACUUUUAGUAGCGAUAAAGAAAUCCCUGUUACUACAUCUUUUGCACCAAAAUCAUCAACGUUGCCUGAAAGCGAUAUGUCCUCGUUACUGACUACAUCCCCGACUGCUCAAUCUUCGACUUCCGUCAAGAGUAGUAGUCAUUUUUACACGAGAUGGUACCCUUUUAUCGAAACUACGCCUUCGACUUUAGAUAGAAACAAUAUUAGCGUUUUUACUAGUAGUAGUGGUACUAGUACUGCUAGUACAGAAGUUACUCCUCUUAACGAUGUGACCUCGAUGUAUUCUGUGACGGAUAAAGAGACAUCUGAGGCAGAAAGAAUUUCAUCAGAGUCCCGAACUCUUUCUACUGUUUUGAGCGAAGUUUCUUCGAUGCCUUCAACGAUGAGAGUUGGAACGGAAUUUUUCACACAGAAAUCAUUUCGUAAUGAAAAUACUACUGCUGGUGAAAUUACUUAUCAAGAAGAAGCUGCAAGGACAUCCGUAUCCAUCAAUGGUACCACAUCUGAAGCGGGUAGUACAGUGGGAUAUAGUUCGUACACAGGGUCUUAUCCAACAGUAUCUACGUCCGUAGAACGAGUCACCGAGGCUACAACAGAAAAUGAAAGAAGCAAUGGUUACUCCACAUCGUCCUCUACUUCCAUAGAGUUUUGGCAAAAUAGAAGUUCAGAAUUAAGCACACCAAUGGUAGAAGUGCCAAAAACCACAUUUCGCUCUUUCAUAGAUAAAUGGACUUUCCCGCAAACAACGAAAUCAAGUUUAGAAAGUUCUACGUUCUGGUUCACGAACGAUACCUUUUCAUCUGUAACUACUACCUCUGUGAAGUCAAUACUUGAAGAAGAUACUACAAUUACCGAACCAUUCUCAAAACCUUUGUUAACAACUCCAAAAAGCACUACUGGAUGCCAUGGAGUUUUCUGUACAAGUUCACCAGUACCGCCUACACGCAAUGAUAGUGAUGCAAGUAUUAAAGAAUUUUAUUGCUUUGCGAUUCAUUUGAUUUGUAACUGCUCUCAACAUGAAAAUUGUAAAACUGGUCCAAGUAUAACACGAGCAGCUUUCAACGGUAAAUCAUAUGCGAAGCAACAGGUUGAGGUGGAAAUUUCGAAUAGCAAUAAUGCAACGUUAAGGAUUUUCGUGCGGCUUAGAACACAAUUUAAGGAUGGUAUUAUAUUACACGUUUAUUUCGAUAAUGAAAAGUAUGCUUUAGUUUACUUGGAAUAUGGCUCCUUAAAAUUUCAAUUCUCCUGCGGACUUGAAACCAUGCUGCUUGGUGAAAUAGACUCGCCUAUUGAUAAUGGAUAUGAAACUGACAUCGAUACAAAGUUUCAAUAUUUUAUGAAAAAUGAAACUAACAAAUGUUCAGCUCGUUUGUUAGUGAAUGAAACAACAGCUGUUAGCGGUGAGCAAAUCUUGCCAUUACAUGGAAGCCUUCCACGAUUAGCUAAUUUACAUUUGGGUGGUAUACCAAUGGUAUUUUCCCACCACUUUGCUCAUGUUUCCAUGGGAUUUACUGGUUGUAUGAGUUCACUGAAGAUUAAUGAUGCACCUCGUCACUUCAUUCAUGAUUCCAUUGAAACUUUUCAAAUUGAAGACUGUGUAUCUUUCCUAUGCUUAUCGAAUCCUUGUCAAAAUUUUGGUGCAUGCGAAGAAGUAAAUAGUACAGUACGUUGUAGAUGUAUCCCUGGAUAUACAGGCCCAUUUUGCGAACGAUCAUCAUGUGAUGAAAAUCCUUGUGCAAUGGGCGCAACUUGUAUCAGCUCACCAGGUACAGGUUUCGUAUGUGUAUGCCCACUAGGAACUCACGGGCUCUUAUGCGAAGAAGAUACUGUCAUAAGUCGACCAUCAUUUUCGGUUAUCGUACCUGGAUUUUCAUCAUACAUUGCAUAUGGUGUUUCAAAUUCCAUAAAAGAUACCAUGGAAUUAAAAAUGAAGCUCAUACCACGUUCUAACGAACAAAUAUCUUUGAUAGCUUAUUUAGGACAAAGUGGAUCGCGUCGGGAUCUAUCAGAUCAUCUUUCUAUAACAUAUGUUCGUGGCUACAUAAUGUUAACCUGGGAUUUAGGAGCAGGUGUUCGUAGAAUAUUUACAAGUGUUCCUUUGACUGCUAUUGCAAUGACAGCAACUGCAAGUAAAAAUUAUAUAGCAUACACGAUUCAAGUUGGAAGAAGAGGUCGAGAAGCGUGGCUUGCAGUGGAUGGCAUAGGCAAUGUAACUGGACGAGUAGUCGGAUCUAUGACUCGACUCGAUGUAUCUCCAAUACUUUACAUUGGAGGACACAAGUCAAGAAAUUUUGAUUCUUUACCCCAUGAUUUGCCUCUUCAUACUGGAUUUUCUGGUUGCAUAUUUGACAUUGAACUACGUACAGAAAGUGCAAUUUAUCCAAUAACCAGUUCUAGUCCUGCAACAGGUCGUGGUGUUGGUGAAUGUCAUAGGAACGAGUGUAUUCGUCAUUCAUGUAAAAAUGGAGCAGUAUGUUUAAAUCAUGGUGCAACAUAUAGUUGCAUUUGUACAAAAGAAUGGAUGGGUUCUGAUUGUUCCAUACCAGUAGAAGCAUUAUCCUCCAUUGAAUCAUCCUCCUGUCAAACUUCAGACUAGUCAAAAUAUUGUUAUCUUAUA